AUGGAAGCCCGUGAGGGGUCGACUGAGAAGGGUUGUCGAGAGAAACGGGCGACGAGAAAUGGCAUGCGCGCCAAAGGAACGGAAUUGAGGAUCACGUGCCGGUGUGGCAAUCCAGUUCUCCCGGUUGUGAUUAUUCCCCCCGCCACUGGUAGUGCCCCCGAUGUCAAUUCUAUCCUGCUAUCAGUGGUCGCUGCUGCCCCGCUUUGUGUUCUAGAUUUCUGCCUGAGUACGAUAGCGAUGAGAACACCCGAGCCGGUCCCGCGGUGGCUGCCACCGCGGUUCGGCGCAUUCCUGGAAGACUAUGGUGUAAUUGUGAUCACUGUCACUUGUAUCAUUCUGCUUGUGAGCUAUUCUCUAUGGCGCAGUUUGUCGUGCGAAUCGACAUUCAGUCCACACCCCAAACCGCCACAUUGCAUGGCGGAAGAUCCACUAGGCCUUUCUGGCCCUUCGGUAUCUCGAAAAGUGGGUUCUGGCUCGUCGGAGAUACCUGCAUAUCUACAACAAAGCACCACUUUGCAGGGUGUGAAACAGCCAUACGAUGCAUUCCUCGUCUUGGACGUCGAGGGUACAUGCGUUGAAGGAUCAUCAUCAUUUGAUUAUCCGAACGAAAUUAUAGAAUGGCCCGUCUGCCUGCUGCGCUGGAAGGACAAAAGCCCUGAUGGAAUUGCUAAGGAGCUCGUCGUAGUAGCCGAAUUUCGAAGUUUUGUCAGGCCUACUUGGCGGCCGCUGCUGUCGCAAUUUUGCACAAAUCUUACUGGGAUCACUCAAGACCAGGUGGACAGUGCUCCCGAAUUCACAGAGCUGUUACAAAUGUUCGAAACGUUCCUAGAAGACAAUGGUCUUAUCGAGCCAGUUACAGGGCGUCGUCUUGUGCGGUACUGCUGGUGCAGCGAUGGUCCGUUCGAUGUCCGCGACUUCGUUGUGAAGCAGUGUUUCAUAUCGAAGGUUCGAAUGCCGGCAUGGAUUACGGGCGACGUUUUGGACGUGCGCGGAGCAGUCCGAACCCAUACCGAUCGCGGCGAUGAUAUCAAGCGUGGCAAAGGCCAUACAGUUAUACAUGCAUUUCCCCUUCCGUCCCGUAUCACAUUGAGCAUCCCACGCAUGCUUCAAGCACUAGGUCUAGCUCCAUUCGAAGGUCGUCAACAUAGCGGCAUUGAUGUCUGUUCAAUUUUCUCCGGUUUUUUCGUUGAACCAUUGAACAAUUCCAAAUCAAUUCUAGGACGCGCGAAACAUCACAAGGAUCAUAGUUGA